AUGGUUGCGGUAGCGACGUUUAGCUUAAUCCAGGAACUCAUAGUGGCAGCAGUUGACGGGAAGGUUGCUGCCAUGCCCUUGUCCGAGCCAUGGAUAGAGGAGCCUGGUGCGGGAAUGACAGGGCUGGAAGGGAUCAAGGACGAAGCACCUUCGUCGCCGAGCCUCAGCACUCCGCCGAAGGACGGCGCUGCUCAGCGGGAAGCCACCAUUCCUCUGAUGAUGCCUGGUGUUGCUGCUCGUCUUACAACUAACACUGCUGCAGAUGUUCGGUCGCUGAAAUUUCGACGUCACAAAUUGGCUGGUGGAACGGCAGGCUAUGUGUACACAGUCGCAAAUUCGGGUGCAUCAAACGAAAGGGUUGUCCGAUUGGGGCGUGAGGAGCGGUCAGAAGAAGAGGGCUGUGACUAUGCGCUUGCAUUCGUUAAUAGGCGUACAGGUCACGUUGAAUACUUACCGACCAAGUUGAUCUGUUUCGAAAAUGUUGCGGCAGCUGAGUUCGAUGAAAUUUUGGACAACAGUCGAAGGCCGAAAAUAGAUUAUUCAGCCCACAAUGCAGCAACAAAUGAAUCAUGGGCUGAUAAAAGACGGGCUUUAACUGAUCAGUUUGGUUCAGCGAAAAAAAUGAAGGUACUGGAUGCGGCAAAACGAAGACAUAUCAAAGAUGAAACGCUGUCAGUAAUGAUGAAUUCAGCUUUUUCAUCGACGGCUAUAAAGAAGGAGGAUGAGAAUGUAGAAGAGAAGACGGAUAUUUCAAUGUUAACAACGGUAGGAACGUAA